GACGUUGGUCGGAGUUUAUCCGCCGGCCAAUUGCAAGCUGUCUUCGCCGCAGACUCCGGCGGCAAAAUGCGUGAUGUAGGCUUUUGUGGAUUUGUGGACCCUGGCUGCGUCGGCGUCGGAGCGCGAUAACACUCCCCAUGCCCAGCGACGCUUUCCAUUGCUCUCAAUCCAUUCUCCUCAAUUCCUGCACAUAUCGCGACCAUGGCUGACCAGUUCCUCGGCUUCGAUCUGAGCACCCAGCAGCUCAAGGGAAUCAUCGUCGGCUCCGACCUCAAGCUGCUCCAAGAAGCGAAAGUAGACUUUGACGCCGACUUUGGUAAAAAGUAUGGCAUCGAGAAGGGCGUGCUCACGAACCCCGCCGAGGGCGAGGUGUUCGCGCCCGUAGCGCUGUUCCUCGAGGCUGUGGAUCUCGUUCUGCAGCGCCUGCAGCAGCAGGGCGCCGACUUCUCGAAGGUCCAGGGUAUUUCGGGCGCGGGCAUGCAGCAUGGGACUGUGUUCUGGAGUCAUGACGCCGAGAAGCUGCUCGCCAAUCUGGACCCCGGCAGGUCGCUGCUCGACCAGCUCGAGGGCGCCUUCAGCUACCCCUUCAGCCCCAACUGGCAGGACGCCAGCACGCAGAAGCAGGUCGAGGCAUUCGACGCGGCGCUCGGCGGCCCGGAGAACCUCGCGCAGGCCACGGGCAGCAAGGCCCAUCAUCGCUUCAGCGGGCCCCAGAUCCUCCGCUUCCACGACAAACACCCAGAUGCCUACAAAGCCACGUCCCGCAUCUCCCUCGUCUCCUCGUUCCUCGCCUCCCUCUUCCUCGGCGCCAUCGCCCCCAUCGACAUCUCCGACGUCACCGGCACCAACCUCUGGGACAUCCCGCGGGGCGAAUGGCACCCCGACCUCCUCGCCCUCGCCGGCGGCUCAACCGGCGGCUCCGCGCUGCACUCGAAAUUGGGCUCUGUGUCGCCCGACGGCGGCGCCGUGUUCGGCUCCAUCAGCCCGUACUUCACAUCGCGCUACGGCUUCCCCGCGACAACCGCCGUCGUCGCCUUCACCGGCGACAACCCCAGCACCAUCCUCGCGCUCCCGCUGCGCUCCUCGGAUGCGAUUGUGAGUCUCGGCACCAGCACCACGUUUCUCAUGAGCACCCCCAACUACAACCCCCACCCCGCGUACCACUUCAUGAACCACCCGACCACGAAAGGGCUGUACAUGUUCAUGCUGUGCUACAAGAACGGCGGGCUGGCGCGCGAGCGCGUCCGGGACGCUAUCAACGAGGCGCAAGGCGCGCCACAAGGGUCGUGGGACGCAUUCAACUCCGCCGCACUCUCGACGCCGGCACUCGGCAAGACGAACCCCGGCGAUCCCGCGCGUCUGGGCCUAUUCUUCCCACGCCCAGAGAUCGUGCCCGCGGUGCGGGCUGGCGUGUGGCGCGCACUCUACACCGACACACUCUCCCCGCUCAACGCCACGACCUCCGACCCUUCAGACCCCGCCGCGCCGCCCGCAGACGCAGACAAAUGGCCCCUCACAGCCGACGCCCGCGCAAUCCUCGAAUCCCAAUUCCUCUCCCUGCGCCUGCGCUCCCAAUCCCUCGUCACCCCGCAAACAUCCCCCGCCGGCACACCCUUACCCGCCCAACCCCGCCGCAUCUUCCUCGUCGGCGGCGGCGCCGCGAACCCCGCCAUCGCGCACCUCGCGGGCGCCGUGCUCGGCGGCGCGGACGGCGUCUUCAAGCUGGAAAUCGGCGGGAACGCGUGUGCGCUGGGGAGCGCGUAUAAGGCUGCGUGGGGCGUGCAGCGCGGGGAAGGCGAGGCGUUUGAGGAUUUCUUGGAGGGGAGGUGGGAUGAGAGGGCUUUUGUUAGGAGGGUGGGGGAGGGGUAUGAGGAGGGGGUUUGGGAGGGGUAUGGGGGGGUGCUGGGGGGGUUUGGGGGGUUGGAAGAAAGGGCGGUUAGGGAGAAGGGGGAGGGGAGUGGGGCGGUGGGGGUGGUUAAGGAAGGGGGUGUGGAUGGGGGGGUGAUGUAG